AUGGCCUCUCUUCGCUGGACCAAGUGGCUAGUCCUACUCGUGCACGUAUUGUGGGCAAGCAAUAUUGUUGCUGCGUUACCACCAGCAACGUACGUCUAUCACGUGUCUGCGAAAAAACCAAGCGGCAUGGUCUAUGGCUCUGGCGGGAUUCCUAGACAACAGUUCAAGAAAACGGACAAAUUGAGUGAUUAUAUCAACGUCUGUCUGCGCGACAGCUGCAAUAGAUUAUUUGUGCCUCUAGGCUUCCAGGAGGUGAGGCAAGCACUACGGGCUUGGGCAGACCCGGCGAGUAGUCACGACCGGAUGCGGAAUGUGCCGGUUGGCCGCCCGCCGAUCCUCUAUGCAAUACGUCCAGGGCCAUCUACAGUAAACGGGCCAGAGGAUGGCUCGUUUUACCAGCAAGAGGGAUGGCCCAUAGACCAGAUACCUCAGUAUUCUCGGCUUCCCGACAUUGAUGGCCACCCCCCAAGCCAACAGGCCAUCCACGACAUGUCUGAUGAAGCAUUAGAUCAAUACAUUGGCAGGCUGAAGUGGGUCUCGAAUAGCGAACGCUGCGAGCGGGCAGCCGCAGCAGCUACACGUCGACUACUGCGCAACAAUAACCCGGAGGACCAACAACGCAUGAUCGACAUCGAUGAAAUUAUGAACGCCGUUGAGGAAGCACGGCUCUGUGGUAGCACAGACAACCCAAACCCUGGCCCUCCCCCAACUGGCGACCAGGCCGCCCAUCCGGGCCCUUCCACCCGAGGGGAUUGUGAGAGAAAAUCGGCCGAGAUUGUCAAAGGACUCACGCCUGAUCCCGACCCGGCCCGCUGGGAAGAAGUCGCGGGGCAGCUGGUCAACGUGUGCGAUCCGAGCCAGAGUGAGGAGCCCGUGGCAGGACCGAGCGGCCUCCAGCAGCGAUGCCAAGAAGCCGUCGCCAAGAAAUUAAAACCGGUUAUUGAGAAAUCUAAAGCCCAGAAACGGCCUGUACCUGAGGUGGUUGCUCAGGCACAGCAAGCCAUUUGCAGCCCGUCUGCUUCAGACCAGGCUCAGGAGUCGUCUUCGGACGAGCCGCCGCCUAAAAAGAGCAAAGACGCGACCGAGCGCUGUAACCGAGACGUGUCUAACGUUUUGGGCGUUUUUGAUGAUGUCGGAGCCGCUAAAGAACAAGAAAUCAUUAAUUACUUGUUGGGCUCGGAUCACGCCCCCUCCCGAGACCUGUGCUUUUCAGCCGGCGUAUACGAGUUCUUUUCGGCUUUUCCAUGGGACAUCCUCGAUGAUCAAGGUCAAGAUGAGGCGGCGCUGCCAGCUGAGCCGGAGCAACAACAGCCGGGUCAGGAGCCUCAGCAGGAGCAGGACCAGGAGGAGCAACUCGGCGUUCAGCAAUGGCCAGACUUUCUCAAUCAAGUCUGGCAACACUUUCGCGUCGACGAGCGUAGGCUCGUGGCCUAUCUCGAUCGGAAUGAUGGCCUCUCAUCAUUACAACAAGAGCAUGCUCCUAUAUACAGCCUUUUGCAGCAAACCUUUCCCUCUCUUCUAGGCGUUCUAAGGCAAAUAGCCGAGGCGGGCCUUACUUUUGGCGCAUGCCUCCCUGGACCGCCAUCAUCACCCAAAGCCCGAGCAACCCAAGGCAAAAAAGACGAGCUCUGCGCCAAGGUACUCGCCGCCAUAGGCAAGUCGGCAAAGGCCCCCGGCAGCCAGCAGAAGGAAAACGACAAGACGCCGUCGACGUCUCCCAGCGCGCCCCCGAGCGCCCCUCAAGACGACACCUCUCCCAGCGUCCUAAAGGCUAUUGCCGCCAUUGGCAUUCCGCUCGCCGGUGCCGGCCUUGGCGCCUUUGCCGCAUCGGCCGCGGGCGAAGGCCUGUUGGCCUCUACCGCUGCCAGCCUUGGAAUCGGCGCUGCCGUGGGAACCGCCGAGGGUGUCGAGGGCGCCGUGUCCACGGUUACUUACUCGAUGCCGCGGACAGUCACCCAAGUAGUCACGAGGGCGCUUACACGCGUCUCUCGCCUCGGCCACCGAGUGUCGAACCCGCUCCUGAGGCGAAUAACCAGCGACGCUAUACGCGCAGCAACGCGACGAGCUCCCGAGAGCAUCCCGUUGCUGCCGUAA